AUUUCAUAAUUCAUACAUUUGUAUUUCAUUUAGGCAUUUUCGCUUCCGUGGAUAUGUUGCUCAGGGGAAUUGUUAUUCUUGCGUACCUUUGUACGGGCCGGCAGCAAACAAACCAACAUCAGGAAGUUUGAGUGCCAUCAGAUGUCGAUUUUGAUCAGAUUUACGUUUGAAUGAAUGGAAUGAAACCCCCGCAUCCGAUUUAGAUAUGAUCUAAGCAUAAGGAGUUUAAACAAGGACUUUAAGAAGGGUCUAUUGAUGCAUUGUAUUGCCACUGAAGAGAUGCCAAAGAAGACUUGAUACGGCAGGCUGACUCAGACGAAUUUAACAUUCCUGUCGCUGAGCUGUGGACAGACGAAGCAUGUGCAUUACCGUCUACGGCAUACUCUAAACAGGUGAAUGACAAAUAUCCACAACUUGACACAUUGAACAUCAAAAUCUCAGUCCAUUUUGACCAGAUAGUGAACCAUGGCGCAAGUCCCUGGUAUGGAGACUUCUGCCAUCUCCGUCCUGAAACGAGCCGUGGAGCUGGACCAGAGCUCGCGCUUCCAGGAGUCGCUAGUGUGCUACCAGGAGGGGAUCCAGCUACUGAUGGACGUGCUGAAAGGUAACACACACACACACACACACAGUCAAAAACACUCACAGGGGUAUGAGGGUGACAUCUGUUUUACUGAUCUACUCAUCUGUCCACAGCUGUGAAAGAUGACUCAAAGAAGGUCCACUACAGACAGAAGAUAAAAGGCUACAUGGACCGAGCAGAACAGAUCAAAGUCCAUGUCAACCAACUAAAAGAAGGUAAUGGAUCUCAGAGACCUUAUGUCACUUUCCCAAAGGAAUCCUUUCCUGCACCUUACUGCUGCCUUCCUCUUAUUCCUCCUUCCAGGGAUGGGCAUUAAUUACAAAUUACAAUUACAAAAUACAACUACAAAAUACCCUAAAGACCAAUGUAUUAAAAUAAAAUAUUAAUACUUUUGCAAAGUAUUGUAAAAUACAUGUAUUUUGUAUUUUAAAAUACAAAAAUACAUUUGCAAGUAGCCAGCCGAACAUCAACAACAUUCAAACUUCUUACUUGCAAUGACUGUGAUAUGUUGUUGUUUAUCUACCUUAGUUGGAUGCACUGUCACUGGAUAAGAGCGUCUGCUAAAUGACCAAAAUGUAUGUGAAAAUGAACAACUGCAAAGCACACUGUGUAUUGUCAUUGGCCAUUUUUUGGGGCCUAGCUCAUUAGAGUAAUAAUCAGCAUGCUUUGCAAUUGUUCAUUUUUACAGGUACAUUUACAUUUAGUUAAUUUAGCAUACACUCUUAUCACACCAUAGUGUCAUCAGACUUUUUGUUUCCAAUGCAGGGUGAAAGGAGGCCAGAAAAUUGUGAACCACUAUAAAGAAAUGGUAUAGAAAAGUAUUUUGUUAUUUUGAAAAUACAAAUUGCAGCUUUUGAAAGUAUCUUGUUACAAAAUACAUUGGAGUGUAGUUCAGCCCAGUGUAAUACAACAUACAAAAUACUCAGAAGUAAUUAAAAUACAUAUACUGAACAAAAAUAUAAACGCAACAUGCAACAAUUUCAAAGAUUUUACGGAGUUACAGUUCAUAUAAGGAAAUAAGUCAAUUUAAAUAAAUUCAUUAGGCCAUAAUCUAUAGUUUUUACAUGACUGGGAAUACAGGUAUGCAUCUGUUGGUCACAUAUACCUUAAAAGAAAAGGUGGGGGCGUGGAUCAGAAAACCAGUCAGUAUCUGGUGUGACCACCAUUUGCCUCAUGCAAAUAGGAACUGAAACACGCUGUCCUGCACGUCGAUCCAGAGCAUCCCAAACAUUCUCAAUGGGUGAAAUGACUGGUGAGUAUGCAGGCCAUGGAAGAACUGGGACAUUUUCAACUUCCAGGAAUGGUGUACAGAUCCUUGCGACAUGGGGCCGUGCAUUAUCAUGCUGAAACAUGAGGUGAUGGCGGCGGAUGAAUGGCACGACAAUGGGCCUCAGGAUCUCGUCACGGUAUCUCUGUGCAUUCAAAUUGCCAUUGAUAAAAUGCAAUUGUGUUUGUUGUCCAUUGCUUAUGCCUGUCCAUACCAUAACCCCACCGCCACCAUGGGGCACUCUGUUCACAACGCUGACAUCAGUAAACCGACGCCAUACACGUGGUCUGCGGUUGUGAGGCCGGUUGGAUGUACUGCCAAAUUCCCUAAAAUGACGUUGGAGGUGGCUUAUGGUAGAGAAAUUAACAUAAAAUUCUCUGGCAACAGCUCUGGUGGACAUUCCUGCAGUCAGCAUGCUAACUGCACGCUCCCUCAACUUGAGACAUCUGUGGCAUUGUGUUGUGUGACAAAACACACAUUUUUAUUGUCCCCAGCACAAGGUGCACCUGUGUAAUGAUCAUGCUGGUUAAUCAGCUUCUUGAUAUGCCACACCUGUCAGGUGGAUGGAUUAUCUUGGCAAAAGAGAAAUGUUCACUAACAGGGGUGUGAAAAAAUGUGUGCCCAAAAUUUGAGAUAAAUACGCUUUUUGUGUAUAUGACCUCCCGAGUGGCGCAGUGGUCUCAGGCAAUGCAUCGCAGUGCUAGCUGUGACACUAGAGAUCUUGGUUCGAAUCCAGGCUCUGUCGUAGCUGGCCGCGACCGGGAGACCCAUGGGGCGGCAUCCAGGGUAGGGAGGGAAUGGCCGGCAGGGAUGUAGCUCAGUUGGUAGAGCAUGGCGUUUGCAACGCCAGGGUUGUGGGUUCGUUUCCCACGGGGGGCCAGUAUGAAAAAAAUAAUGUAUGCACUCACUAACUGUAAGUCGCUCUGGAUAAGAGUGUCUGCUAAAUGACUAAAAUGUAAAAUGUAUAUGGAACAUUUCAGGGAUCUUUUAUUUCAGCUCAUGAAACAUGGGACCAACACUUUACAUGUUGCAUUUAUAUUUUUGUUCAGUGUAUUUCAAAUGCACGUAACAGAAAUAUGGCCCAUCUCUGCCUCCUUCCCUUCUCAUUCCUCCCUCUCUCAUCUCCUCUCCCACUCAGAGGGGAAGUACCAUGAGCAGAUCAGGAUAGCAGAAGAUGCUACAGGCUACAGUUACGAGGUUCUGUUCAGGCCUUACGUCACCGAGGGGCUGACUGAGGUCUGGGUGGAGGACCCUUACAUCCGACAUAUUCACCAGGUAAUUUACCUGUACACUAUCAAACACAUUCACCAGAUUAUAUACUACAGAAAGGUACUAUUACCUCUGGGUGUUCUGCUACCUCAAAAGCUGGUUUGUCUAUUAAUAUGAUUGUGGAAUCUGCCUUGGAUGCCAUUGCCAUGCUGGUUUAGUCAUGAAGUCUUGACUUUGACCCUUCUGCCCUCUUAGCUGUAUAACUUCUUGAGGUUCUGUGAGAUGCUGCUGAAGGCCAGCUGUAAGGUGAAGAGGAUUCACCUCCUGACCUCUCAGGACGAGGUAACUAACUGUAGGCUAGUGGCAAGGCCCACAAAAUGUUGAGAUACCCCUACCUGAGGUAUAACAAAACACAUCCAUGUUUUUCCAUAUCUCUUAGGUGUCCCAUAUAUGAAAUGGAUGGUUGUAUAAAAAUAUGUUACUGCAAAAGUUGUUAAAUUGAUAGAUAUUGUGACAAACAAUGCAGAAUAAUGCCUGGCUGGAGGGGGAGUGGGCCACAUAAGCUCAUGUAACCCAAUAUUGCAAGCUCUGAAAUUGCUCACAUUUGGAAUACAAAUUGUCAAUUGUCUGCCCUACAUACAGAAGCAAACAACAUUAGGAUAUCUUAAAGCAUUUUGGAAAUGUAGACCUGUAAACACACAGAUACAAUAGGCGUAAAUAUCAACUAUGAAUAUUAAUGAUGCUUUUUGGUAGCUGUUCAAUAGACAACUUUCCAAGUCAAAUAAAUUUGCGCUCAUUCAGUGCUGUACGGUCCUGCUUGAUGAAAAUGCAUACAUUUACACGUUUAUUUGAUUUUGUGGCUAUUGUAAUUGGCUCUAAGGAAAACAUGUGGGCUCAGACAUCGAAAUAUAUAUUUUUUGGUGUCCAAGGUUCCUUAAAGGAUUUUGUAUCUUUAGCCCCUAUUCUUACAAUUAAGUCAGGGGGCCAUCAAAGAUUAUCUUUAUAUUUUGCCUCAAAUGCAACAUGGUGUCCAAAAUCCAAUAUGACUACAUUGGAUGGAGGUUAAAUCACAUGUAAAUGAGGCAUUAUUUUCAGAAUUGUGUACAACACUCAUGCCUAUAAAGACUGUUGUGAAUCCAUUUGAUUCUGAAUCCAAUAUGGCCAACAUGAUUACACUCAAACACCUUCGCCUGCAUAUACAGUGGGGAGAACAAGUAUUUGAUACACUGCCGAUUUUGCAGGUUUUCCUACUUACAAAGCAUGUAGAGGUCUGUAAUUUUUAUCAUAGGUACACUUCAACUGUGAGAGAUGGAAUCUAAAACAAAAAUCCAGAAAAUCACAUUGUAUGAUUUUUAAGUAAUUCAUUUGCAUUUUAUUGCAUGACAUAAGUAUUUGAUACAUCAGAAAAGCAGAACUUAAUAUUUGGUACAGAAACCUUUGUUUGCAAUUACAGAGAUCAUACGUUUCCUGUAGGUCUUGACCAGGUUUGCACACACUGCAGCAGGGAUUUUGGCCCACUCCUCCAUACAGACCUUCUCCAGAUCCUUCAGGUUUCGGGGCUGUCGCUGGGCAAUACGGACUUUCAGCUCCCUCCAAAGAUUUUCUAUUGGGUUCAGGUCUGGAGACUGGCUAGGCCACUCCAGGACCUUGAGAUGCUUCUUACGGAGCAACUCCUUAGUUGCCCUGGCUGUGUGUUUCGGGUCGUUGUCAUGCUGGAAGACCCAGCCACGACCCAUCUUCAAUGCUCUUACUCAGGGAAGGAGGUUGUUGGCCAAGAUCUCGCGAUACAUGGCCCCAUCCAUCCUCCCCUCAAUACGGUGCAGUCGUCCUGUCCCCUUUGCAGAAAAGCAUCCCCAAAGAAUGAUGUUUCCACCUCCAUGCUUCACGGUUGGGAUGGUGUUCUUGGGGUUGUACUCAUCCUUCUUCUUCCUCCAAACAUGGCGAGUGGAGUUUAGACCAAAAAGCUAUAUUUUUGUCUCAUCAGACCACAUGACCUUCUCCCAUUCCUCCUCUGGAUCAUCCAGAUGGUCAUUGGCAAACUUCAGACGGGCCUGGACAUGCGCUGGCUUGAGCAGGGGGACCUUGCGUGCGCUGCAAGAUUUUAAUCCAUGACGGCGUAGUGUGUUACUAAUGGUUUUCUUUGAGACUGUGGUCCCAGCUCUCUUCAGGUCAUUGACCAGGUCCUGCCGUGUAGUUCUGGGCUGAUCCCUCACCUUCCUCAUGAUCAUUGAUGCCCCACGAGGUGAGAUCUUGCAUGGAGCCCCAGACCGAGGGUGAUUGACCGUCAUCUUGAACUUCUUCCAUUUUCUAAUAAUUGCGCCAACAUUUGUUGCCUUCUCACCAAGCUGCUUGCCUAUUGUCCUGUAGCCCAUCCCAGCCUUGUGCAGGUCUACAAUUGUAUCCCUGAUGUCCUUACACAGCUCUCUGGUCUUGGCCAUUGUGGAGAGGUUGGAGUCUGUUUGAUUGAGUGUGUGGACAGGUGUCUUUUAUACAGGUAACGAGUUCAAACGGGUGCAGUUAAUACAGGUAAUGAGUGGAGAACAGGAGGGCUUCUUAAAUAAAAACUAACAGGUCUGUGAGAGCCGGAAUUCUUACUGGUUGGUAGGUGAUCAGAUACUUGAAUGCAAAUUAAUUACUUAAAAAUCAUACAAUGUGAUUUUCUGGAUUUUUGUUUUAGAUUCCGUCUCUCACAGUUGAAGUGUACCUAUGAUAAAAAUUACAGACCUCUACAUGCUUUGUAAGUAGGAAAACCUGCAAAAUCGGCAGUGUAUCAAAUACUUGUUCUCCCCACUGUAAGUAGCCCUUGUUAAUUUUGUAUUGUGUUAUUCUGUCUUUAAAAUGGUUUCAUAAGGCUCUUGGUAUAUAUAGGACUAUGAGUGUCACUGCCAUGCCUCUGUUGGUUUGAAUAGCCGAAGCCAACUCGUUUUUCAAUGUGUUCAUGUUUUAAUCUCAUUCACACACUUACAGCAUAUCAACAAUGGGCAAUUCCACAAAAAUAAUAACAAGCCUUUCACGACACAAGCACACAGUAGCGUAACCAAGUUAGAGGAAAGCAACCAUAAUACAACAGUCAGCUACUCUAGUAUUGUAUAUGUACAACCCUCUUUUCCCAACUUAAACUAAGUGUGCAAUGUUAAUUCAGUCUUUGAGGUGACCAGGACGUGAGUAUGUCCUUACAGGGUGAGGAGACAAAGUAACCAGUGGUGGUUGUUGUUCUGGGGUCUGACCAGCUUGCACAGCUAACUGGUCAUUCUGGGCAAGCUGCAGCGACAAGGGCAGUAUCCUUCCUGUAUGACUGGUGGGGUAUUGGGGCUGUGGUGUGAUCAGUUUCCAUUUCUACAGUUCAGUAUAGGCAGUCAGCAGAUGCAGCUUGCAAAGAGACCCAUUGACUAACUGGAAUGUUAUCCCAGCCUGAAUGAUGCUGGGGUAACUCCAGUAGUGGAAUGGUUGGUUGUCUGGUUGUGAAGGAGAGUCUGUGAAAGGGCUGUCAUAAACAGACUUGCCUUUAGAUCUUUCCAACACCUAAUUAACCUGUGGGCAGAGUUGUUUAUGUUGAAUGUUCUAAAAAGUCCUUCAAGUCACGUCCUACAUAAUUGUUUAUAUUCAUUCGGAAGUCAGUUAGGAUGAUAAUUUGGACGACAUUAACUGUGGGUGGUUGGCAUUGAUUAUGGACUGGGGCACGCCCAGCAGGUGAUAUGGCGAGUGACCUCAGGUUACGGUAGAGGUUAUUUAGCAUAGCUAGGUCAUAGACUAUAACUAAGAAGUGUUGGUUGUGAGGGACGUAGCACAGAUCCACACACAUACAUUUGAAGAUGAUCCCUGGUCUUUGAUGGACAUUAAACGGGUUGCAGUGGAGGUGGAGCUGAUCAAGCAUGGUGCACAAAUACCACUAUCUCACAGUCAAUCUCCAGCCACCAUAAACGAUCACAUACAGCAAGUUCUACCAUCCUAAGGUGCUGCUUGUUUGCCAUAAAUGGCAUAUGUCUAUUGUUGGGAUUACUGCACAGUUUCCCAGACCAAUGCAUGAGUCACCCCAGCAUGAAAGCUCAUUCUUCACAUGCAAGUCCAGUUCAGGUGUCACAUGGGCUGGCCAGCCAUAGUUGGUAGCAAAAUAGGUACAUAUGAGGGCAAUGCACACCAGCAAUUUCCAGAUGGAAUCUGACAGUCCAGUUCUGUGGUGUCUCUGUUUCUAGUAACUGCCUGAGGGGAGGACUGAUGGUGGAGUAGGCUUAUCAAGGACAGUUCUGUGAGAUUCAGGAUGGCAUUGAUAUUGGAGAGGUGCAAUUCCUAUGACAUGUGAAGGCCCACUAAGUUGAUGGCAUUGCUUGUCAAUGAGUGUCAGGUUGUUGGUUCAUUGUGGUGAACAGCUUGCCUUAUGCGCUUGUCAUGUGUGGUUUCAUCCUCCCCAUACACCAUAAAUGUCACCAAGUCAACAUAUACGGUAACUCCAGGGCAGACAUCCAGGAUGGUGGACAUCAUUUUCUGGAAGAAGUAAUGUGGCAGCUCAACCCGAGUGCACUGGAACAUCCCAAUUUGCAUCAUAAAUGCAGUGAGCCAGUGGAAGGUCAUGUUGGUUGGAUUCAGGCAGAGGUAUUGGACUAGCAAUGAAUCAAAGCUCCCUUCUAAAUGAUAAGGAGGUGACUUAAGAGCCCAACACUGUAGGGGCAAGUUAUACCACAGCGGGGGCAAAUUGUAGAGCAUGGCAGAGGGUGUCAGAGUCCAGGGUUGGAUUCUCUUUCAUUUCUUUGGAGCCUCCCAGUUGCCUCAUUGAUCCUCAAAGAGGUUUGUGACUUGGAAUACUUUGUGUUGCCAUGCCAAGCAGUCUGUUGUCUUUUUAUAUAUCCAGACAAAGGUGUUUGAGUGUAUAUGGCGGGCAUAUUGGAUUCCUAACAUAGUUGAAGUACACAAAAAUAGUCUUGAGUACAGGUCAAAUCUGAAAAAUGUCUAAUUUAAAACGUGUACAUAUACAUGUGAUUAAACCACCAUUUAAUGGUAAUGUUGCAGCCAUAUUGGAUUUUGAACGCCAUAUUGGAUGUAGAGUCAAAUCUAGAGGGGCCCCCUAAAGUAAUUGCAGAAGUAGGAGCUAAACAUAUCAAAUCCACGGAGAAACCUUUAACUGGAAAAAACGUCAACUGAAUAAUCUGCUUUCUACUAUUUAGCGAGAGGCAGAACUUAUUUCUAUAGAAGAAGCCCAUUUCUAUUCUCAGCUUCUUAACUAACUCAUCAAUAUGCUUUUUAAAAGACAUAUUUUCAUCUAUCCAGAUGCCCAGAUAUUUGUAAGCAGGUACACGAUCAAUAUGGACACCAUCCAAAGUACAUAUGCUUAAAUCAUCAGACUUCUUUUUAUGUGCUCUAGAGAACAACAUAUACUUAGUUUUACCGGCAUUCAGUACUAAUUUCAGGUCAAUAAAGUUAUUCUGUAAUACAAUGAAGGCAGACUGUAGUUCAGAUAGAGCCUGGUCAACCAUGGGGGCAGUAGCAUACACAGCUGUAUCAUCGGCAUACAAGUGCAGGUAACAUUUUUUUUUUACAGACAAGUCGAUAUUGUUCAUGUAAACAGAAAAAAGUACAGGACCCAGAAUCGACCCCUGCGGGACACUUUUCGUAAUAUCCAGGAAACCUGAUUUUACACCAUCAGUAGAUAUACAUUCUGUCAAGUAAUUUUUAAACCAGUUACAUGCAGCCUGGUCUAGGCCAAUUGAGGAAAGCCUCUGAAUUAGCAGGGAGUGAUCAACAGUAUUGAAAGCCUUUGACAGGUCAAUGAAGAGGUCAGAACAAUGUUGCCUUUUAUCUAUACAGUUAACCACAUCAUUUAUAACUAGCGAUGCAGCAGAGAUGGUGCUAUGACCUGGUCUAAAACCCAACUGAUAUACAUUUAGAAUACAUUUCAAAGAUAAGAAAGAGCUUAGCUGAGAAUUAAUCAAGGAUUAUAAUAUUUUAGCUAGGUAAGAAAGUUUAGAAAUAGGCCGAAUUUAAUUAUUAAGGUCACAAGGGUCACCACCUUUGUGAAGGGGGAGUACAUGGGCUGCCUUCCAAACCUUGGGGAUAGUACUAGAUAUAAUCGUCAGGUUAAAAAUAUGGGUCAAUGAUUCAGCAAUCAGCGGGGCAGAGAGCUGCAGCAAAAAUGGAUCAAGCAUAUCAGGUCCAGUGGAUUUAUUUUUACAUCAGUCUUAAGCAAGGCAUCUAGCACAUCACAGAUAGUAAAUUGUUUAAAUGAAAACAGAUUCACUAGAAGUUGAUGGGUUAACCGUCAAGUCAGCUAAAGGCUGGCAGAGGGAAGAGCAGUCGAUUGACUGACCAGGGUCAACUACACCACAGUUACUCUCAAAUAAAAAGCCUGCUGAGAUAAAAUUAUGAUUAAAAGCAUCACUUAUCCCAUUCUUCUCAGUUAUGAUGCCCGAGUCAGACAGAACUUGCUUAGGCAGGGAAGAAGAGGAAUUUGUAUGCUGCAGUGCAUUUACUGUAUUCCAAAAUUUAGAAGGAUCACUAGCAGAGUCAGAGAUUAAAAAGUAGCUUGAUUUGGCUUUCUUAAUUGAGAUAGUACAUCUGUUUCUCAAUUGUGUGAAAGAUUGCCAGUCCACUACAGAGUCAGUUUUCCUUGCUUUGGCCCAGGCCUGAUUUCUCAUCUGAAUGAGCUCAGAUAAUGCAGAAGUUCGAACCCUUGGUUUUCUAUCUUUGACUCUGAAUUGUUUAAAAGGGACAUGUUUAUCUGCCAGAGGAAUAAAAAUGAAAGAUACUUUUUCUAGAGCCAACUCAGGGUCAGGAAUACAGGAGACAGUGGCUAAAUCAGAGUAGAACAUGUCAUGCAAAAACCGUUGCGUAGAAACAUUUGUAAAAGUUAUCUUCUUAAUUAAACGAGGAUUAGUGUUAUGCUGUUUCGUAUCUCUAAUACAUACUAUGGGACAAUGAUCACUGAGAUCAUAUGCAAAUACUCCACUUGACCAAUAUUUAUGGGGGUUAUUAGUAAGAAUUAAAUCAAUCAAUGAAGAGUUAACAGGGUUUUUCACAUUUAGCCGUGUGGGUUUUGAGAUCAAUUGAGUCAGGUUAAAAUCAAUGUUGAUCUGAGGCCGGGGAUAGCCAAUCCAGAUUCAAAUCCCCUAAAAUGACCAACUCUGAGGACAGAAAGGGUGUUAAACACUCAGAUAUAAUACCAAUAGCAUCGAUAUCAUUAUCAAUCAAUGCCACAACUGAGUUAUAUUUGUAUUGCAGAAGUUUGAACUGGUAGGAAGAGGUGUAUAGCUUAGUUGCUCCAUUUGUGUUCUUUAGGGCUAUUUAUUGUAAGUUAUAAACCUACUCAAAAUGCCAAGCUACCUGUAUCUCGUGUUGUUUCCCUGAUCCACAUGUCUAUGUGUGUGUUGCAGGGGGACAAUUCUUCUCAGCAGGCCAGUGCUCUGUCAGAGCUCAAACAGAGUCUACAGAGCCAGGAUGUGUGUCUGGACCUCCAGUACUCCACUUUUCACGACAGGGAGAUCAGGUACACCAUCAAUUUCAAUCAAUCCAUUUCCACACCCAGAAUGCAUCAGUGGCAUCAGCUAGCAUCAGUGGCUUAGGUUGAAUGAGAUCCUUAAUGCGCGAUAUGGCACAUGCACAUUAUAGAAUCUUUGAUUUAUGUAGGUUUUAUAAACAUGAUGAUGACGAUCCCCUUAGGUUUGACAACGGUUGGAUCAUCAAGAUAGGAAGAGGACUGGAUUACUUCAAGAAACCAAAGGCAAGACUUCAACCAGGGAUAUUUCUCCCCUCUAUGUUCAGUCUUCAAUUCAUAUUGUCAUAAAUACUGAUGGAUCAAAAAUAUAGAACCAACAUAAUAAUAAUCCAGUAGUAUUUAUUCAAUGGUUUUUCCCUCCCCCAGGGUCGUUUCUCCAUUGGCUACUGUGACUAUGACCUGAGGCAGUGCCAGGAGACCACAGUGGAUAUCUUUCACACCAAACACACUAAGACAUUAUAACACCUUUGGCUACUCCCCAAUAUGCACACUAGCAUACCACUUAGAAUACA